AUGGCGAAUACCGCGGACUCACCCGCCGCGAGAGCGUUGCAGGCGGCCGCCGCCGCCGGCGCUUCGCUCGCCUCGGUCGUCGCGCCGAAAGGCCGGGACCUGACCCCGGGCGUGGACGCGACGUACGACAUCGAGUCCCGCGUCGAAGGCGAGGAGCAGCCGCAGCUCGAGGUCUCCCCGAUCACGGUCUACGCGACCGAGUACGCGGAACGGCAAUUCUCGCAGAUCGCCGUGAACGCUCGAUACAUCUGCUACGGCCUUCGCGCCGGGCAGGUCCGCGUCCUUCACAAAGACACCGCGUCGCGCGCGCUCCUCCGCGGGCACACCGCGCAGAUCGCGGACAUGAAGUUCGCGCCGAGCGCGAAGGACGACAUCCUCGCGUCGUUCGGCGUCGACGGCUGCCUCUUCGUCAAGCGCGUCGUCGCGGGCGACGGCGGCGACGCCGUCGACGAGAAAGCGCUGCUCCAGAUCACCGUCUCGCCGCCGCCCGCGGACGUCUCCUCGCUCGUCCCUCGCGUCGCGUGGCUCUCCAAGUCCGAGCUUGUCGGCGCGAUCGGCGACGCGAUCUUCGUCGCGACCGUGGACGUCUCCAAGAACGCCGCCGCGAGGGCGCUCACGGUGGAUGUCUCUUUGCUCGGCGAACCGUGCGACGGCGUCCACGUCAUCGCCGCCGCGACCGGGAAGCCCUCCGUGACGGACCUCUCCGUGUCGCUCUCGGGAGACGGGCGGCUCGCGGUCGGGUACGCGGACGGCACCGUGCGCGUGUGGUCCCCACGAUCGGGGGAAACGGACGAGUACAAGCCGUCGCCGUUCUUCGUGGACCAGGCGCGUUCUAGUAUCACACUGACGUUUUCUCCGUGCGACGACGCCGUCGCGUCGGUGAAUUGGGUCGGCGCCGGCGCGGUGGUCGUCGGGAGCGCGCAGAACGCGUCCAUCGCGCUGUGGACGCUGGGCGACGGCGACAUGAACGGCGCGGAGGCGACGCAGACGCUGUCGUUCGCGCCCGAGGACGACGUCUACAACUUCACGUGCGCGGCCUACCCCGCGGCGCGUCUGGUGCUCCUCGCGAACCUUCGGAAGCAAUCCGUGUACGCGGUUCACCUCGCGAAGGACGGCGCCGGGUUCGAUUACGUCUCCGAGUUUUCCGUCACGAUGCCGGUGCUGUCGUUCACGGCGCUCCGCGAGGACGACGACGAGCUGUCGCUGCAGCUGUAUUGCAUGCAGACGCAGGCGAUUCAGCAGUACGCGUUGCAUCUCGAUCGGUGCCGCCCCGAGGGAAGCGCGGGCGGCGAGGCGGCGGACGAAGCCGAGAUCGCCGCCGCCGCGGGCGACAGCGAGAGCGAGAGCGAGAGCGAGGAGGAGAGCGAGGAGGACGAAGCCGGGGACGACGACGCGACGGUCGCGAUCCCGGCCGCCGCGGCCGCCGCCGCCGCCGCGAGCGGAGGCGGAUCCCCCGGGACGCCGAAGCCGAGCACGCCGACACCCGGGAAGUUGCUCACCCCGGGUGAGCUCAUGUCCAUGGCCGCGGGGGGAAGCGCGCCGAAGAACGGCGGGAGCGCGUCCCCGGUCGCAGCCGAGCCGGAACCCCCGGUUGCGGCGCUGCCGAAAGCGAAACCGAAGAAGCAGGGAAAUGCCCCCCCGCCGCCGCCGCCGGGGGGCGCGAGGCAUCCGCCGCCGCCGCCGCCGCCGCACGGGACCCCGCACCCCGGCGACAUCGCGGCCGCGAUCAACGGCCUCCGCGCGCAGCUCCUCGCGGACGUCGUCGGGCUCGUCAACGCGCAGCGCGAAGACCGCGAAGCCGCGGAGCGCGAGCGUCAGAAGGAGCUCCUCAUCGCCGUCUCUGCGGCGAUCACGCGCGACCUCCCCGUGCAGAUCGAGAAGCUCCUUCGUAAGGAGCUCAAGUCGUUAGCCCCCGCGGUGGCGUCGGAGAUCGCGGCGAAGACGAAGCAGGGCGGCGGGAACGGUGCGAGCGAGGCGAAGGCGAUCAAAGACGCCGUCGCGCCGGCGUUGCAGCAGGCGAUGGAGAACGUCGUCGUCCCCAAGUUUGAACGCGCGUGCGGGGAGAUGUUUGAACAAGUGCGGUCCACGUUUGAGCGCGGGAUGGACGACAUCGCGACGGAGCUGUACACGCAGAAAGAGAACGCGAUCGCCGCGGAGGUUGGCCCACUCGUGAGCUCCCUGCGCGCGGCGUCGAACGAAGUGCGAUCCGCGGCGGAGAUUUUGCUCACCGACGUCCCCGCGGCGGCGGGCGCGUCCUCCGCGCCGCCCGCGUCGGCGCAGCCGACGUCGCUCGCGGACCUCGAGUCGUCCAUGGACCCGACGAUCGAGCUCGGGAGAUUAGUCGACGAGGGGCAGCUCGAGGACGCGUUCACGAAAGCGUUGGGGUUAUCCUCCGUCGAGAUGGUGACGUGGGUGUGCGGCAAGGUGGAGCCCGCGCGAGAGGCGAUCUUCGGGCAGUCCCCGGCGCCGCUGUCGCAGGGCGUCUUGCUGUCGCUCAUGCAGCAGCUGUCGUGCGACCUGGACGAAGAGCCGACGCUGAAGCUCGCGUGGAUCCGCGACAGCUGCCUCGCGAUCGACCCCUCGGACGCCAUGCUGUCCGCGCACAUGCGACCCAUUCUCGAGAGCGUGUUCGGAGGGUUACACGAGGCGAGCCAAUCGCCGGCGACGCCCGCCGCGGUGAAGGGCGACUUGAGGUUAUGCGUGCACGUCGUGAACUCUUUGCUCACGGCGUGCAGGUGAAGCGAACGAAGGGGUUCGUCGCGACGCGACGUGACGAACGCUCGAGAGGGACUGGAGGCGUUUGAUUUAAGAAUCGAGUCGGUCUGUGAAAUGACAAACGUCUAAAACGUU